GUUCGCCAAUGGUUGCCACUCGCCGUUCGCGGCGCCGCCAGCCGAGCGCCAGCCCUGUGGCCAAGCCGAGCCCUGCAAAGACACGACGGAGCCGCCGGAGCAAAGCACCUUCCCCAGCAGCACCACCUUCACCCUCACCGUCACCCUCAUCGUCACCCCCACCACCUCGCCGCACCCGCGCCCGCCGCGCCGCCACCCACACCGCCGCCGAGGAUGACAGCCAGGAUGAUGGCGAGUUCGACUCGGGCACCGAGCCCGCCCCCGAGUCGGGCACGGACUCGGACUCGGCUGUGGAGAGCAUGGACGCAGAGGAAGCAUCCGACUCUGCCGCUGGCCCCCUGUCGGAUGCUGCUUCCGAUGCCGGCACCGACGACGCCAGCGAAGAGGAUGCCGAGGACGAGGCUGAGGACGGCGACGACGGCGCCGCCGAGGUCAGCGACGGUGAAGAGGCCGUGUCGCCCGCCACACACACAGACGCUGCACGCUCAACUGGCCCACUGCUCUCGCUGGACGUGCUCGAAGCGCUGGAGGAGGUCGAUGCGGCGACAGAGGCAACAUCGUCGGGCGCUGGGAGGAGUAAGGCGAAGCGGAAGCGCAAGCUGACCGGUGACGAGGCUGUGGCCUUUGCCCUCGCCGAGGCUCGGCGAGCCAAGCGCGCCAAGCGUGAGCAGCGCGUGUCGUCGGCUCACACCGGGUUCCGCGUCGAGACGCUCGACUCGAUCAGCCUCGAGGCGACCGGCCACGCCCGCGCGGCGGCCGCCAACGCAUUUGUCCGCCGCACUAAGAAGCGAGUCGCCCGCUCUCGGGAUGUCUUCCUCAAGCGCGGCCUCGACAAGCGCAAGACCAAGGCCAAGCUCUCCCGGACCGACAAGGCCAUGCAAGCUGCACUCGCCUCGGUCGGCGUCGCCCUCACCGACAAGCAGAUCCUGGCCACCACCGGCAACAAGUCUAUGUCCAAGUACAAGCGCCGCAAGCUCAAGAACCGCCGCCGCGAUGCCCGCGAUCGCAUGGUCAAGGCCCGCCAUCCCUCGCAGCUCCUCGACAGCAUCUUUGCCGAGGUCAACGGCAAGCGAUCGCAGAAGCAAUGACAUCAUUUGGGUUGCAAUAAACAAUUCGUUUGGC